AUGGAUGUCGCACAGAUGUCACCGCUGAUGUUUAGCAUUGACCUAAACGGUUCUGUCAUCCAUACUAUCAUUGACCCGGCUAUCCUGGCUCAGUUCUGGACGAGCCUCGCCAUUCAAGUCAUGCCUGGAAAUGACCUUGUUGGCAUUCCAGGCCCUACAUUUCGCAUCCUUGACGACGGUGGCAAGCAUUACAUUGCCCAUAACUUUGCUAUGUAA